GUGGGUUCGAGCUGCACAAUAAGCUCAUUAUCACUGCGUGACCACGUCAGCACUCCACAAACAGGACCUGCAGCUUUUCUUCCUCAUGGCUGACGCUCGGGACGGGACGACGGGAGUCAGAUCCGGUGAAGGAAACACGCCUCCUCGCCGUCCGGACAGAGAAGCUGAGAUGAACCUGGUGAUGUCCUCCAUCAACAGGAAGUGACCUCACAAAGUGUGUGAAAUUCAGAUGUUUGUCUUUUUGCUGAUUGUUGGUGCAGGCCGUUCCUUUCAGAGGUCACAUCGGCGGCGGCGUGAGUCCCGUCAAGAAGCUGCUGCUGGUCGCUUUGGUGGAUUCACGUCCUGACCGAUUCUACAUGGCGCUGACGCGUGGAUGUGGGAUGUCCAAGCGGCCUCCUAGUGAUGUGGCUCUGGAGCUCUGUGUUCGAUUCCGGGACCAGCAGGUUCUGAGGAGAGCUUGUGUGGGCGGCUCAUGGAGCGAACCCGAGCGGAACAUCCCGUUCUUUCCCUUCAUCAGGAACCAACCCUUCAGGAUGGAGAUCUGGUGUGAACAGAGUCGUUUUCGUGUCCUCGUGGACGGACAGCGGCUCUUUGACUUUGACCACAGAGUCACGCCUCUGCAGGACGUUGACACUUUUUGGAUCAAAGGAAGCAUCACGAUCACCAAACUAGGAUGAAGGAAAGACUUUAGCCGAGACGCUCUCUGGGAUCGUCCUUCAUCCAGUAUGACAUAUCGCUGCAGAAACCUGUGGAAGGUGGCUGAAGAAUAAUCUUAGAAGACUGUUGUACCUGUGUUCAUGGGGGGGUGGAGCCUAUCCCAGCAGUCACUGGGGCAGAGGGAGAGGCGGGGUUCACCUUCACACCUCAUUCACACCUGCAGUCAGUUUAAAGUCACCAGUUCAUCAAACCUACAUGUGUUUGGAUGUGGGAGGAAUCCAGAGGAACCCAUGUGAACAUGACAUGAAAUUUAUAUUUUGCCUCUGUACACCACAAUGUAAUUGAAAUAAAACAAU